CUGACACGUUUCACACACCCACGCGAGGAGGCGAAAGCAGCAGCAGAAGCAGGUGCACCUUCACUUCCUCUCACCACACCAACUCAACUCACUCACCAAACACCAACCCAACUCACUCACUCCCUGUGACAGGCGGAACAUGGAGCAGCAACAAGAGGCAAAGGUGGUGAAGCUGCCAGGGAAGGUGCGAUCUCGGCAGAGCCAGAACCCCGUCAGCAAGAGAGCCAAGAUGGCAAAACAAGCACAACAAGCUCAACAACAACAACAACAGCAGAAGGAGCAGAAGCAGAAGAAGACGAAGCAGGAGCACAAGCAGCAAGCACAGGGACAACAACAGCUGGCACAUAAGAACAAAGGCAAGAAGACUGGCAAGGGGAAGCAGAAGAAGGGCAAGGUGAGGAGAGUGCCAGAUGGUGCCGAUGAUGAUGAUGACGAGGUGAAGGAGCAAGGGCAACAACAGCUGCCAACAGUCACUGCCAGCACUGCCGACGCGGCAGAGGAGGAUGCUGUUGACAAUGACAACGAGGAUGAUGACGACUUUGAGGCAAACGACUUGCAGCUUGAAGCAACUGCAGACAUGCAGGCGCUGCAAUGCGAUGUUCGUGCGUGCUGCCCUGGCGAAGAAGACUUCUGGGGCAUCAAACAGCUCCUGCACCAACUGAUGCGGGAUGGCUCGUUUGUGUACGGCGACCUGGCGGACAGUCUGAUUGAGAACAACGCAUGCUCCACUGUGAUCAAGCCUGAGGAGAGCGACCAAAGCGGCGACGUGCAGUUCAAAGCACAGAGUGGAGGUCCCGGAGACGAUGAUGCUGAUGACGACGACGAUGGAGAAGUGAACAGAACCGACAAAUACGACGUCUUUGCCAUUGCCGGUGUCAUCCCGCUCUCCGGUCCAAAGGCUCAGGCGUCUCUCACCAAGUGGCUCGCCAAGAAAUGCAGCAAGCAGGCCGAUGUGGUGUCUGCGCUGAAGAAGCCUGGCACCGCCUUUGUCAUCUGUGAGCGUAUCAUCAACCUGCCGCCACAGCUGGCCACGGCCAUGUAUGACACCCUCCUCAACGACAUGCUCGCGUUGCCAAAGGCUGACCGGCCGAAGCAAGUUGUCAUGAUGUUCAAGGCGUACGAGUACACCAAGAAGACGAAGACCGCGACACCAUCUGGUGUGGAGUUUUACGGCCCAGAGGACACAUUCUUCUUCAAGAGCGCCGCCUCGACGCAUCGGUUCAACAUUCCAAAGACAUCCGGGCAGCUGCAGGAUAGCACACAACCAGACAAGAUGUACCGCGUUGUGUGCGUGCUGUCCUUCAAGGCGUUCCGAGCAGCGGCACAGCAAGUUGCAUCCGCCUUUGUCGCACAAUACGACGGCUGUGCGUAAUGGUGAUGUGACCCGCCCUCGACCACCACAAACCGCACCGCACACUGUCAACACCCUCGCCCACUGCAACAACACGCGUGCAUACACGUUCAUAGCUGUCAAUAAACUCGCUCCCAUCCCUC